AUGUACCAUCGACCCAAUCACGGCGGAGCUCGUGCAUGCUCUUCCAUUCGAGAAUUCAGUUCACCUGAGCCAGGAACAUCCGAACAUCUGCAUCCCAGUUCCAGAAUCCACACAGACAUCGACCCAUUCCCCUGUUUUGACCCGCGCAAUCCCAAGCAACUGCAGGGGUCAUUGCCCUGUUCUAUUAGCAGUCUAGAACAACAGUCUUUCUCAAGUUCACCAGUGAAUCUCACCUUGCCCUGCCAGCUGAAUCAAAAUUUUCAUUCAUUCACCAGUGUGCACUCUACUUGA